UCCCGGUGCAUAAAAUAAAUACAUAUAAAAUCCAUCAUUUCCAAAAAACUCAUGUAGUGAUAAAAAAAGAAAAUCUUGAUAAAACUCAUCCAAUAAUCUAUGAAACUAAUUUCUUUUUUUUUUUCUUGCUAUGUGUAUGUAUCAGCUAGUGGCUGGGCUUUUGGCCGUAGAGUCGGGCCAAGAUGCAGUUAUCCGAGGACUUCUUUACGAGAGGGCAAGGGAGAAGGUGAAGCCAUAUGGAAUCACAGUGGCAGCAUUCACCGACCGCAUCUCAGAGCUACGAAAUAAGUUGGGAAGUGCAGGCGUAAAAGACGAAGGCCUUAUCAUUCCAACUUUCCAAGGAGCCGAGGGAAAGCUUAGGGGUAAUGUUCUUGCUGGGGAUCAAAAUUCUGUUGGAUAUGAUAGAACCCCAGAGGAGAUAUUACGGAUUAUAUAUAGCAGCGGAGAUGAGCAUGUCCCCGGUGGCUUUUACCCUAACGGAGCUGACGGUAGAAUUGCAAAAUCACAUCUACCAUCUGCAUAAUGAUAAGGCUUCAAAUAAGUAGGAGCUAGUAGAGGCAUUGCACUGAAUCCUCUGUUUUCAAAAUUCUUAAAAUUAGCAAAUGUUGGUGUCAGUAAGCUUCACUCUCUUAAGUAUCAUGUAGCACAGUCAAAUGUAAUGAGUAUGGUUCUUCCAUUAUGGUAAAAAUGAUAGAUCAUUGUGUGAAAUUUCACUCUCUUUUAAAAAAAUUCUCAAUUAUAAAAGAGAGACAUUUUUUUUACAUAUAAUUUAACAUAUGACCAUUUCAGAGAAUAAUUUGCUUAUAUGCCAAGCAAACAAUUCAUUUUCACCAAACAAACGUACAUGACCACAUAUCAUAUAUGUAUAUGCGUACAUAUAAUAAUAAAAUCCCAAUUAUUGUUUAAGUUUUAUCGUCAAUCCUAAUUAUGAUUUUAAUGUUACAUGUACACAUAUAGCAGCAACUGCUCAAGCUUAGAACUACAAUUAGCAGCAACUGCUCAAACUUAGAACUACAAUUAAGAGAUUUAUGUAGUAACUAAGUGAAUAUUAUUUAUUUCCUUAUAUAUAAAGAUUCAGUCAAAUCGAGAUCAUCUAUCCAUUUUUAUGGGCCUUUUAAUUUUUUUUAAUCUUUUUAUUAUACUUAUGUAGAUCUCACAUUCGUUCAAUCUUCAAGAGCUGGCUAUUUUGUGGAAAAUAUGGACCAUUGACCAGCACCAUAAGUAGAAAAUGUUGACCAAACAUUAUGAACACAAAAAUAGCAAGAGACUUUAUAAUUACA